AUGUCUGAAGCCAAAUAUUUUAAGAUUGAUCAAGGCAUCUAUAUAAGAUACUACGAAGGAAGAAGGAUAGAAACCUUGGAAGAAGCCCCAAACAUUGGCAUUGAUAAAGACGGCAAUGUUAAGGAUUACUGUUCUCUUGAAGCAAUCUUUGAUUCUAAUGAGAGGUGAUGGAUAUUCCGUGUCCAAGCUGAAAGUAUCCUAAUUGUCGAGACCAAGCUUCCUUUGAAUAAGAACUGCUCCUUUGACACUGAAGAAAAUAUUAUCACAUGGUACGAUGAGAAGCAUGCGCAUACCAAUCACGCUUUCAUUUUACCUUGCUAUAUUUCUGAUAAAGAUUUUGUACAGAAAAUGAAAAUAUUUGAAAAAGCAUACCAGGAGGUUCCUAUUGACCUUUCCCAUCUUCAACCAGAAGGAAUGCACAGCGAUUUCUUCCUUGAGAGUCCUAUCACCGCUUUUGCUGAGUCUAAUAGCGAAUAUGAUUAUCAAAGUGAGUUUCCAGAUGAAGAUAAGCCUUCCAUAAUCGAGAAACAGUUGAGACAAGUUGCAAUAAGAGGAAAUGGAUACCAUGCGAUGAAGUUCAAAAUGGCAAAACACUCUUUUGCUGACAAGACAGUUGAAUUUACUCUACACACAGAAGAGCUCAUCCCUCCAGGAGAAUUCAUCAAAGAAGCUGUGUUGAUCAACCAUGAACAUGAUAUGGCUUUCACAGUGAAAGAUAAACCUUUCGUGCUUUACAUAUACAACUUUUUAACAAAGAAGAUAAAAGAGAGAGAUUUCAAAUAUGAAAUUCUGCAUAUAUAUGCGAUUAAGAGACAAAGAGUAAUCAAAACAGCAAAUACCUUGCCUAAGAGAUUAGAUGAAGUUUCAAAGGAAGAUGGGGAUGAUACCAAUACUUCAAGAUCUCUGAAGAAAGAGAGAAAUGCUAAGCAAACUCAGGAUAAUACCUCACAAGAAAGUCCUGAAGCAACCAUAAAUGUAAUCAUCAACCGUUCUAGAAAGAACAAAGAAAUGAAUGAAGAGGAGAAAGAAGAAGAUGCCAUCAAGGAAGAGGAAGAGAAGGAAGACUCUAGACCUAAUAAUAUUGAUAAAAUCGAAAUAGUGAAAUGGGAUUUGAACACUUUCAUCCCUAAAAUGCAUUAUGCACUAACUUCGGAGUUUAUUGGUCUUGAUGAAGAUAAAAACAAGAUAUUUAAACUCCCUCCAUGCGAAAUAUUCUGAGAUAAAUUAUCUGAACAAAAAGAGAAGGUUUUCUUCAAAGCCACAGACAGUGAUCUGAGACUUGAUUGGCAGAGUAAGAGAAAAUCUGAACUAGGUAACACCCAUGAGGUUCUUGUUACAAAGAAUAAACUCGUCGAUAGAGUACAAGAGUUCAGCAAGCCAAAGUUUGUAUAUGUCAACGAGGAUGAGAGCUUUAUAAUUUGUGCUAUCGACAACAAGGUUGUAAAAUUUAGCGUUGACAACAUUAUGAAGAAGAAGUUAAAUUAUGACGAAUACUUAUUUAUCAAAGUUUCUUCGUAAUUCAAUUACACAGA